UAGAAAAUGUAUUACACCAGUGUGGUUUGAGUGUGGCUCCCUCUUGUGGUCGAUGUGCAGAAGCUUAGACUUUGGUUUUAAUCCAAUACAGUACAAUUUUAUUAUUUAUUUUAUUUUAGUCCUAUAUUUAAGUAGGAUUUUCUUGAAAUUUAAAGGUGAAGAGACUUGACUUAUGACAUGACAGUUGACUUUGUCCCACCUCUGGUUUUAGGUGCGACAUGGCCCUGCAAGAGCUCGGCAUCGUUCUGGCCACGCUGGGCUUGGCCGGCACCAUGCUGAUCUGCGGCCUUCCCAUGUGGAAGGUGACGGCCUUCAUCGGGACUCGCCUGGUGGUCAUGCAGGUGUUCUGGGAGGGUCUUUGGAUGACGUGCGUCAGUGAGUACACAGGUCAGAUGCAGUGCAAGCUCUACGAUGCCCUUUUGGAUUUGUCUCCGGAGCUGCAGGCGGCUCGCGGCCUGGUCUGCAUCAGCCUGGUCCUGGGGUGCCUCGGUUUUCUGGUCUUCCUCCUGGGCGCCCGCUGCACCAAGUGCCUGAACCACCCACGCAUCAAGACCCGGGUGGUGUUGGGUUCGGGCCUCGUCUUCGGCCUGGCGGGCUUGGCCAGCGCCGUGGCCGUGUCCUGGACGGCCAACAAUGUGAUCAGAGACUUCUAUAACCCGCGCGUCCCCGACGUACUCAAACGGGAACUCGGGGCGGCCAUUUAUAUCGGCUUUGUCGCGUCGGGAUUGCUACUCUGCGGCGGGGGCAUCUUAUGUGCGAGUCGUCCACCACCGAGGCUACGUCCUGAUGGCUACACCCCGGCCAGAACGCACACAAACAGCGGCUACGCCAUCAAGAACUAUGUCUAGGUUAGCGACAUUGACAUGGCA